CUGUAGUAACUAUUUCCGGUAUAAAAGUUUUCUUUGAUAUUCGCGUCCCCGAUAAUAAAAAUAUUGACGUAUUUGAGAUCGAAAUAAAAAACAUUCUUGCCAAUGGAAAAGAUAAAAGGGGGGUC